UAACAGCAGAGGGGCUAGUGGGAAAGAAAAACUGCAGUAUGUGUGUGUGUAGUUUUUUUUUAUUCUACUGAUCUAAUCAAUUUAACACUUCAGACCGAAGGUUUUGCUUUUUGUGUGAGUGCGUGCAUGACAGUGCUGAAAGCGAGAGAGAGAGAGAGAGAGAGAGAGAGAGAGAGAGAGAGAGAGGGAGAGAGCAGAGACGCACCUGGGACGAUGAAAUAGACCAGGCUUAUCUUUUAAAGAGGGGAAUAAGGGAAAGUGAUACUGAAGAAAUCCUGAAGUGCAGGCUGCCUCUUUUUCUUUAAGACUCUUUCAAAGUGUCCUGAACGCACUGCCGAAGUUCCCCCCGGGAGAGAGACAGCCCUGGUCACGAUACCACUGUGAUUACCACGGACCAGAAGACAUUCCUGGACUACGUGUGGCCUAGCCAUCGAGGAUGAAGUGGAACAUAUUCAAGAACAAGCCGGCAGCCAUUAUGGGCCCUGAGCCCACUGGCACCAGCACUAUGACGAUGGCCCCGGCACCUGCCGUCUCCACCGUGGCCGACAACUCCACCGAGUCCGAGGGGCCCGUCAACAAGAACGACGUCUUCGAGGAGAUCAAAAACAAGUUCCUAAAUGAGAUCGACAAGAUCCCACUACCUCCCUGGGCCCUCAUCGCCAUCGCCGUGGUAGCCGGCCUCCUCAUCCUCACCUGCUGUUUCUGCAUUAUCAAGAAGUGCUGCUGUAAGAAGAAGAAGAACAAAAAGGGCAAGAAGGGCAAGGGCGACAUGAGCAUGAAGAACAUGAAGGGGGGCGAGAAACAACAGGAUGACGACGAUGAUGAUGAUGCAGAGACGGGCCUCACUGGAGACGAGAAGGAGGAAGAGGAGAAAGAGGUGGAGAAGCUAGGAAAGCUGCAGUACUCACUGGAUUAUGAUUUCCAGGACAACAAGCUCACGGUGGGCAUCCUUCAGGCGGCUGACCUUAUCUCCAUGGAUACAGGCGGCACCUCGGACCCGUACGUCAAGGUCUUCCUCCUGCCCGACAAGAAGAAAAAGUUUGACACCAAGGUGCACAAGAAAACCCUCAAUCCUGUCUUCAAUGAGUCCUUCGUUUUCAAGGUUCCCUACCAGGAGCUUGGUGGGAAGACCCUUGUGAUGUCUGUCUAUGACUUUGACCGCUUCUCCAAACACGACAUCAUCGGUGAGGUGAAGCUGCCCAUGAACACCGUGGAUCUCGGUCAGCCCAUCGAGGAGUGGAGAGACCUGGAAAGCGCAGAGAAAGAGGAGCCCGAGAAGCUGGGGGACAUCUGCAUCUCUCUCCGCUACGUCCCCACCGCCGGGAAGCUCACCAUCUGCAUUCUGGAAGCCAAAAAUCUCAAGAAGAUGGACGUGGGUGGACUGUCAGAUCCAUACGUGAAGAUCCACCUUCUGCAGAACGGCAAAAGGCUGAAGAAGAAGAAGACCACAGUGAAGAAAAACACUCUGAACCCCUACUACAACGAAUCGUUCAGCUUUGAGAUCCCUCUGGAGCAGAUGCAGAAAAUCCAAGCCGUGAUCACAGUACUGGACUAUGAUAAGAUCGGCAAGAACGACGCCAUCGGGAAGAUCUUUGUGGGCAGCAAGGCGACGGGCACGGAGCUCAGGCACUGGUCCGACAUGCUGGCCAAUCCGCGCCGCCCCAUCGCCCAGUGGCACCCGCUCAAGCCAGAGGAGGAAGUGGACGCCACCCUGGCAGCACUGGCCGGCAAGAAGUAACCCCGCCCAUCUCCCGCCCCCACCCUGCCCCCCACCCCGACUAACCUACUCGAUAUCCUACACUGCAUGAAAUUCAUGGGCUACCAACACUGCAAACAUGUUCAAGUAAAAGCUGAACAAAAAAAUGACAACAAAAAAAAUGUUAAGCAACUAACAAGAACAACCUUUUUAUAUAGACUUCAGCGACUUCCAUUCAUAGAAUGAGUGUAGAGUAGGGGGGGAGGCGGCUGUACCGGUCAACUCGUAAUCCUUUAAAAUGCAUGUUGCUUCGGAAGUAGAAAGUCACAUUAUUGUUUGUUUGCAGCUGAGGUGGGAAACUGAUCUGGUGCACUGAAGCUUGGAAAUAGGGGAUGUGGUUGCAGCCCGAAAAGUGAGAAAAACAUGCAUUGAUCUGGGUAUAGCAGUGCGUGUGUCAUCUUCGCCUGUGUGCUCUGUUUCCUUCCGAAAUAGCAUGCCAACACUGCUGUCUGGGGCUUGACCUGGUCAGGACAGGUUCACUCAUGAAGUGCCUGCCCAAACUCCACACAUAAAUCAGCUGUUGUGCAGACCUGGUUCAUGACUGCAGUCCAUUACAAGGGCUGGGCAAAGAGGAGGGAUAGGGGAAAAAUAUUCCACCAAUAAAUCAGUCACUUUUUUUCUAUUAUGUUUCUUCUAUCCAACCUAUCUCAGCUACAAUGUUGAGAAAAUGUCUCUGGGCUCAGAAAUGCCAUUCUUUCUGAAGAGUAACAGAGCGUUCUGUACAGUCUGGGGGGAAAGAUUGGGAGUGAAACCCCAAUCCCUCACUCUAGAGGAGUGGCUUGUGAUAGAUGUAGGGGCUGCGCACUGUAAAACGCUAAGUUUGCAAAGCGUAAAACUUCAUGAUUCCAGUUUCUUUAAGUGGAUUCAGCUGAGCCAGACUGGCCAAAAUGAAAGCCUGAGGUGGAUCAACUGAUCAGCCCAUAGGCUUCCACUGUAUAGCCUGAAUUGUUUAUGAUUUGGUAUGUUUUAUGGAGAACCAUGUCUUCCGGCCAAUCAUAACCUCUGUGUUAAAGACUGGAUUUCAGGAACAGUGCAAAUGUGAUGUUUGUCAGGGUAUUUCCCUGCUUUAAGUCUGUACACCUGGCUAUGUGAACUUUGUUUCAAGCAUAAAUUACCAAACUGCUGAAUUAAAUUGCACUAGAUGAUAUUUUUAUUUGAUCAGCAUUGCCAUUAUUCCUUGGUCUGCCUGGUUUUGCACUGUAGUAUUUUUAAUCUAUGUUGGCUGGACCCAAUAAUGGUCCAGCGACAGAUCCCUGAUCUAUUUCGAAUGUGUACCAAAAGGAUGCCAGAGACAUAUGUAUGCCUUUGCCUUUAGAACAUGCAUUUAAAUGCCUCUCUACAGACCUGUGACUUAAUUCACACUGGUCUGUGCAGCAGCCAUUUGAGAUCUGGGGUUUCAGGGAAGAGGUGUAAUAGCAUACAAUAUGCUGUUUAAUAUCCAGGAGCAGGUUGAAUUUGUGCUGUUAUGUAAAAUCCAGAGCUAGCCCAGGACGUGAUGGCAUUUACAUUGGAGGACCAAGCAAAACCUGCCCUGCAGCAUGAAAGCAGCCAUCUCCUUGAAUGCGAAACCCCCCCCCCAAGGUGGCUAAACGACCAGCUAAAUGGACUCACUACGCGCAGGGAGCACUGGUCUGGGUCUGAAUAGGACAUUUCAUUCUCCCUUUAAUGUCACGGGGGCUUAAAGUGUAAAAGGCUCCUGCUCACCUCACCUUGCAUUUCACAGAGAGCUAAAUAUCACCUCCAUGCUGAAACCCCUUUUUAAAUUAUUUAUUUAUUUAUUUAUUUAUUCGUUUGUUUGUUUGUUUGUUUGUUUCCUGGUCCACGUCCACACUGCAAUUGACCCUACUGUUUAAUCCAUCUGUUUGCAAGAAGCUUUUCCACAGAUUGUAUACUUCUGUAUAAUGAUUACAGAACACAUGAUCAGAACACAAGAUCUGUUCAAGGAACUGUACUGACACAAUUGAUUCAUGUAACACGUUUGUAAAGACCUUGUCUGCAGAAUGUUACAGGCUACUUUGAUUCAUGUGAAUUGCCCUUGAAAAUGAAUUGGCAAUAAAAGCUUCAUUCCCAUGUAAAUAUGGAUGGAUAUUGCAAAACAAAGUGCGUUUGGUAUUUUUGCUCCAUGCACGUACCAAACUAGAUCAAAAUUUAAGCCAGUGAAUUGAUACCCAUUGAUUUUCUUAAAAAGCCUGCAUGUCUUCUCAUAUAACACAUUUGGAUUCUUUCUGGCAUUGCACACAAAUGCAAAGUACCACAAGAAUGGAUAAUGGGAGACUGUGAUUUGAUUGUAAUGGCCAAAAGUUUGUCAGACUUUUAAAAUUGGUUCAUCAAGGUCUUUAGAUAUUCACAUUUUCCUUGCUAUCCCUUGAGCUUAAUGAUUGGUGGAUGUUUCUCCUCUUUUUAAUAGCUGAUGAAAUGUAACAUGAGCUUUGCCCUGUAACUUCACCAACACUUGCUACAUAUGAUAAGUUCUGACACAAAAAUAACACAUCAAAGCUCUGGAGCUUGUUAUUACAUUUCCAUGUCACCUCAUACCUCUGUUGACCCAGGAAAGCAACACUAAACAAUAAAAGACAACAUGCAAGCAUUCAAACAAACCAUUGGUGUGUAGUUUUGCCUAUAUAUACAUAGUUCAUAUUUGUUAAUACUGCAUGUUUCUAUACAAUACUGUAAAUAGCAGCAUGUUUUGGAAACAAAGCAGAAAUCUAUUGUGUAUGUGCGUGUCAUUUGUCAUUUUAAUAAUAAAACGAGGACAAAAAAAGAU